UGUGCCAACAACAUUGUGCCAAGCAGAGGAUCAGCAAUCAUUGGGAGAAUAAACCCUUCAUGCAAACGGCACCUAACAUCAAUAAUAAUAAUAAUAAUAAGCGUUUUUGUUACUAUAACUACCAAAAAAAAAGCGACAUCAACCCGCCAAUGUGUCGUGAAUGUGAUUGAGUUUAUCCUCAGCUGUGAUCUGGACCACCUGAUGCUGCGAGGCGGUGGGAGAGGUUCUGGCACUGUGUCUGGCAUUGUCUGUGGCACUGGGCUGGGCGUGUGGCUCGUGGCAUGGCAUCAGUGGUAAUGGAUCAGCAGAAGGUGGCCAAAGGAAAUAUUCUUCUUACUGCAACACCUUUUGUGCAUGUUUUGAGUGGAUCUCUCAAAGGGCUCUAUUGUGAUUACUGCUUAAAAAAGAAACAGGAAAAUCUACAGCGCUGCUCUGGGUGUAAGGCAGAAUGUUAUUGCAACAAAGACUGUCAGAGGGGCUCCUGGGAUAUUCAUCGAUUUGAGUGUAAAAAUCUUCAGCGUAUAUAUCCCCUUAUUCCUCCGGAUACUGCAAAGCUUAUUGCUAAGGUUAUAUUUAGACUUAAGACUGGGGGUGACAGGGUAGAAGAGAAAGUUACGGAAAGGACGAGAAGAAAAUUUAAGGAUCUAAUGAACCAUUACACCGAUUUAAAGACUGAUAAAAAGCGUCAAGAGCACCUGACUUCUCUUGUGGUCGUCCUGGGCAAGUAUAUUGGAGCAGAAAAUCUUCCCAAUGAAGUUGAUCUUCAGGGCAUCUAUGGCAGGAUCUGUGUUAAUAGUUUCAGUAUUACUGACCCCGACUUGAACACAGUUGGGACUGGUGUGUACCUGGCAGCUUCGGUAUUUGAUCAUUCCUGUCAACCAAAUGCCUAUGUUACUUUUGAGGGCACGCGCCUUACAUGCCGCUCAUUGGUUGACAUGCCAUGUCUUGAUUUUGCUAAGAUUAGAAUAAGUUAUAUUGAUGUCAUGAAUUCUACUAUGGACCGCAAGAAUGAAUUGCACAGACGAUACUAUUUCUGGUGUGACUGUAAAUUUUGUCAUGAUCCUGAGCGAGACAGACUGAUGUCAUCUAUCAAUUGUGGAAAUGCUUCUUGCACAGCCCCUGUACUCAUUGAUGAGGAUGAUGAUAUUGAUGCACCAAUUGGUGCAUGCACCGAGUGUGGCUAUAACAACUUGAGCACUGAAACAAGAAGGAAGUAUUGCAGCAUUGCCAAUCAUUGUCGAGAGCAAUUGGAAACAAUGAAAGAUAAAUAUUAUCUUGAUGUAUGUAGAAGAGCAUUAGAGAUGCAAGGAAAUCUAUUUUACAAGCUGAAUUUACUAUGUGUUAAGCUACAGGAUGCUGCUUUUGAAGCUGCAAUUGGUGUUGAAAAUUGGAGUUCUGCACUGGAGUAUGGCAUUAAAAAUAUUGAGGGUGUGAAAUUUUAUUAUGGAGAAAAUCAUCCAAACAUUGGUCUUAUCCUUCUGAAAUUGGGCAAGAUUUGUAACCACGAGCAAAAAUUAGAGGAUGCAAUACGCUACUUCAGAGAAGCAGAGCCCAUAAUUCGAAUAAGCCAUGGAACAGCACAUCCAACGUACAAAGAAUUAAUGUGUCUGACACAACAGGCACACGAGGAGCGAGAGUUUCUUUCACGGAAGAAGAAGCGUAUAAAUAACAUUUCUGUGAUUUGCAGAACCACUUGUGGCUAAAGGAUGUCAUCAGAAGCUAUGCUGGAACUGCCUGCCUGAUGGAGUGUCUCUUGUCAGUAGUUGCUUGGUCCUCCUGGAGUGUUUCUUUCAGCUUCUAUAUUGUUUAAAGUCUUUUUCUGGGAGGGCCCCUCUCAGUAGCUUCCUGUAACUUAAGUGCUGAUCUAGUCGAGCUUUAGGUCGAUGCAUCAGGCCUCUGAAACACUUCCUUACCUACUAGGAGACAGGAUCAAAAUCUGGCUCCAGCCAAUGGGAGCUUAGGGAUAAGAGAUCAACCCGAAACUGAGAGUUCCUUCUUGGUCUUCUGAGGUGUUUGUUGUUUUUUUCUGGCUAGGGCCUUGGGCAUCUGCUUCUAGGCCUUGGCCCAUUAUCUGUGAUUGUCCUGCUGGGGAUUUCUGGCCCUUGAAUCUGGAGGCCGAUUACUGGGGCUCUGGGUUUUGGGUCCUUUUCUUUAUCUUCUCCCUGUUGGUUUAUUGGCAUCCCUCUGGGAAUUUUUGUUUUUAUUUCUUCUGUCCAGUGGGUUAUCUUCAUCUCGUUGCUCUGAGUGUCCUUUUUUUGUGCUAGGCUGAUGCUUGGGCUUGAGGCUUUAUUUUCGGUAGUCCACCUGGAAAUUGGUCUUGGGUUCUGAAUAAGGGGUCCCCUCAGACUCAUCAUGCUUGUUGCAUAUUGUCUUUUGGCAUGGUGGUGGUGUUCCUCUACUCUGGGCCUUCACCUUCUGCCUUCUCCCUUCUUCUCUUUCAGAAUUGCUGGCCUCUUCUGUAACCAUUGUGAGAUUGGUUACAGGAAGUCACUGAGGGGGCUUGCCAAGAAAUCAUGCAUUGUAUAUUAUGAAAUUCACUUUUCUUGAGGGCCCUAAGUAGCAUCCUAUUGUAGUCAGUAUUUCCUUCUUUGUGUGGACAGUCUGCUAGUGAGGGGACAGGCUGGCUGGACCCUCAGGUGACCUGGCACAUCCCAAUUAGGGUGUUAACCUAGUGGCAGUGAUAGCUUGCUUUCUUAUUAAUGCAGCUGGUACUUAAUUUUAUUCAAGCAGGUGCUUUUUUUUGUUCUGCUUAUGCUUUCUGAUAGGUUUAUUCUCCAUUUUGUGGUGAUAUCUUAUCCCCAAACUUCCAUUGCCUUGUAGAGUGUCACAUUCUGGUGCUGGCUCCUGGUAGGCAAGGGUGAGUUUCAAAGGCCUAGUGUGUCUCUCUAAAGCUUUGUUGGUCCAGCACUUAGCUACAGGGACCUACUGGGAGCCCACCAAAAGGUUGUUCAUUACAUUCAAUGUUUAAUUUUUCUUUCAGAAAUACAUUAAUUUAUAUACUGUGCCAUGAUUAUUGCAUUUUAAACAAUUUGCAUUGUAAAAAUAUUAGGCAUUGAGCAGUAUUAUAAAAUACAUUGUUAUAUGCAAACUGUUUCAAUACUGUUAUUUAUUAGAUUUGUCAGAAAUAGAAUCUUAAUAAAUUAAA